AUAAUUAAAAUCCCCUAAUUUCGAAUUAAACAGAAACAAAACAGAAAGUUUGUUAUUUUCAGUGUCAAGUGUAUAAUUAUUGUAUUGUAAACAGUAAUUGAUAAUUAAUUUUACCCAAAAAGUAGUCAUUAUAAUUCGUGAAGGUGUUUGUGCUAAUGGAAAUCCUCAAGAACAAUGAAGAACCAAGCACACACUAUGAUGAGGGCACUAAACUAAUGCUUUCAAACAUUCUUUCACACCCAGCCUACAAUAAACCAAGUUACAAAUGGUCAUUGGAUGACUUUGAAUUCGGAACUAGAUUAGGCCGUGGCAAGUUCGGGAGAGUGUACAUCGCACGCGAAAAACGUUCUGGUUGGGUGGUGGCACUCAAAACUUUACUAAAAAAAGAAAUUGUCAAAGGUCACGUUGAACGACAAAUACUGAGAGAAAUUGAAAUUCAAUCUCAUUUGGAGCAUCCGAAUAUUUUAAAACUGCAUGUAUGGUUCCAUGACGACCAUCGCAUUUACUUAGCAUUAGAGUUUGCCGGAAAAGGAGAGGUGUAUAAAGAGUUAACCAGUAGCCCACUUGGAAGGUUUUCUGAACAAAGAACAGCGAAGUAUAUUUAUCAAGUCGCUGAUGCUCUUGACUAUUGCCACCGUAAGAAAGUUAUACAUCGAGAUCUAAAACCUGAAAAUUUGUUACUUUCAAUUAAUGAUGAUAUUAAGCUGGGUGAUUUUGGGUGGUCGGUCCACGCUCCUUCGUUGAGCCGUAAAACUAUGUGUGGAACCUUGGAUUAUCUUCCACCAGAAAUUGUCGAAGGAAAACAGUAUGGCAAAUACGUUGACAAUUGGUGUUUAGGUAUAUUGUGUUAUGAAUUCUUAGUUGGUAGUCCUCCCUUUGAAAGCAAAAGUACGGAAGAAACAUAUGCUCGAAUUAAAAACAUUCAGAUUUCGUUCCCUAUGCAUAUUUCAGCUGGCGGUGUUGAUUUAAUCUCGAAGUUGCUACUAAAAUCAUCUGUAAACCGCAUCACAUUGCCAGGUGUUAUGAAACACCCAUGGAUAGUUACCAAUUAUAAGGAUAAGAAAUAAGAUUUUGUAAUAUUUUUUUAAAAGUUUGUGUUUUUAUUAUUUAAAGUAAAGUAUUGGAAUUUGAAUAGGCAAG